ACGAAUCAUCCUAAUAAUCCUCCAUUAGCUGCAAAUGCUCCCUGCUCGACAUUAUUUGUAGCUAAUCUCGGGCAAUUUGUUUCAGAACAUGAGCUCAAAGAGGUUUUCUCGAGCUACAAAUGGGCCGCAAUUGCUGAUACUAAAUGGUUAUCAACAACAGCAGCAUAAUGCUAUGCUUCAUCAUCAUCACCAUCAUCAUCAGCAUCAUCAGCAUCAGCAUCAGCAUCAUAAUCAUCAGCGUCAACAUAUGCUAAUGCCACCUCCAGUAGCGGCUGCAGCAGCGGCAGCAGCAGCAGCAGCGCAAUACAUCAAUUGUAAUUCGAUGGCCGGCGGCGUUUCAACUGCAAUUCAAUUUAAUAAUAGCACCAACAACAACACAAUUAAUACAACUACUUCUACUAUUAUCAAUGCAAAUAAUAUUGUUAACAAUAAUAAUAAUAAUAAUAAUAAUAAUAAUAAUAAUCGUUCUACUGCACUACCGACUACUGUUGUUGUAAAUUCACUACAGCACCAACUUCAUCCAACUCAGCACCAAAAUCAUCUCUUUAGAGACAUGAGUUUGCAAUUUUCUUCUGAAAGCAUGUUGAGAAGUUUGGAUUUAUUCCAAGUUCUUAUUUAAGAACGCAUACACUUAAAGAGGUAACGGACAUACCGUACCUUUACUUUGCACGAGGGAUGCGGGCAUGAUUUUUCCUUUUAAUAUUAAUUGAGGAGCGGGUAUGGAAUCAAGGCAUGAUCUAUUGAAUAAAAAAAUCGAACGUGAUUUGCAGCCACAGCAACAUCAUCACCAUCACCAGCAUCAACAUCAUCAACAACAUCAACAAUUUCUAAUGACAACACCGACCUGACCCAUUACAACAACAUCUGCAUUAACCAAUCAACUUCAACAACAGCCCCCUCAUCGUCUUCAACAUCAGCAGCAUCAGCAGCAUCAACAGCAUCAGCAGCAGCAGCAUCAUCAACAACAACAA